GUUCGCCGGCUUGGUCCUGGUACCAUGUUUGGCCAUCGCCUCGAAACUUCGAGCAGGACGUGCCACGUGUGACGCUUGGAGCUGUUCAGAGGGAUACGUUCCCAAGCUCGGGGUCAAGGCGUUGGAAGGAGCCAGCAAUGAGGAGUGCUGUUUGGCCACCUGCAAGUUGCAUGACUGCAGCGAUGGCUUUGUGGCCAACAGCAGCUAUGACAGCAACACAGGCGCCAGCGACGCAGAGUGUUGCGAUAAGACUUGCAGCGCUGCGUUGGAGGAUGGCAGCUUUAUGUGUGGCACGAAUGAGAAGGUGGCCUGUGAUUCGGGAUAUAUCUUGGACCAAACGAAACUGGAGGAAGGUGGCACCAAAGAUGACUGCUGUGUGAAGUCCUGUGAGCUCUUCACCUGUGAUGCUCAGCAUGGCUUUGGGAUUCCACCGCAGAAACGCAGCCAGCAAGCGGAGCGCUCUGAGGACUGCUGCGAGCGGCAGUGCCGCAGUCACGUCUGCAGUGACGGAUGGACAAAGGACCAUACCCAUGAUGAGGCUUUCGAUCCCUCAGAUGAGAUGUGCUGCCUCAUGCAGUGCCAGUCCUUCCAAUGUCCAGCAGGGUGGAUCUCCAAUCCCGCGAAGAAAGGAAUGAUCGGCAACACAGCGGAGAUUUGUUGUUUACCUCCUUGCGAUUCGCACAACUGCAGUGCGCAGGCGAACACGGUCGUGAAGGAUGGCGCACAUGGACGCACGGAUGAGGCCUGCUGUGAGAAAACCUGUGCUGCUCACAGCUGCUCCAAGGGAUUGGUGGCAGUAGAAGUGCGAGCCCAGAGUGUUCCGGGCGACGACGCCACCUGUUGCGAAGUCAAGGGAUGUGAAGAGAUGAGGAAGCUCACAAAGCUGAAAAGCGGUGAAAGUUGCAAUGCCUUGGCCAAGGAGGAUUGCGGCAGCCAUUUUGGCAGCUUCGUGAACAGCAAGAAACGGGCAGUGUUUGCCAGAUGUGACUUCGACCGUAGCCUUGGACUUUGUCGAUUGAGCUCCAAUGAAUCGGAUUGUGUUGACCACUGA